AUGAGUAAAGGAGUGGAUCAGAUGACUGAGAGGAUCUUAAACCUCACUUUGGAGGUCAUCUACCUGCUAACUGGAGAGGUGAGUGACAGUGGGUCAUGUGACAUUCAACCCACAACCUUCAUUUACAUUCAGAAAUAAGCAAAAGCCUGUGAAAAAAGAUCAGAUUUGCGCCACGUAAUGGUAGGGGGAUCUCCAGUCCUUGUGGUACAGAGACUGUCAGAAUUACUUGCCAUAAUAUUAAUAUUGAUGAAUACACCAGCAGGUAAAAUCCAUUGGUUUCCAUGGUGACUGCUCUCAAAGGGAGGAUUCAGGGAGGGAUUGAGUGAGGGAGCAAAUUGGCAUGGACAAGGGGAGAGUACAAAAAAUAAAAAGUGCAAAUUGGGUGGGCUGGGAGAACUUGCAUAAGGAAGGGGAUACCUUUUCCUGUAGACAUACAGAGUUCUACUGUGCUUCCUGCAAGAAAGAAGCUGAUUACGAAUAUCAGCAGCACGCAGUGCGUUCUGACAACAUAUGUCAUUUUUGCACAGAACUAACAUUUGGCAAUCUGGAACAGUUCCCGGUUUCCUUGGUAACGUGUGCUGGGGGUGUAGCUAAACCCAGGCACAAAUUUACAAAUUUAUCUAUGUAUAUAGGCUACGUUUCAGGCAGAAACGCUGCAUACACAGAUUGCUUUCUCCAUGACCACUUCAGCAGCAGUGGUCAUAGAGGACAGAGUAAUACUUUACAGAUUAUGCAACAGGAUGGAUUGUUAUUUUCAAAAGCCUUCAUUAUCCAUUUUCAGUCUGACUAUGACACAGAGAUUUUUACUGGGGUCUCAUUACACAGGAUUACGUGGUUGUAAAGAACCAGGGAGACCGUAUGGGAAAUGAUAGAAGCUCCCGUGUAUCAGACAGAUUCUGCAGGUCCCAGAACCCUUUCACAGAUCACCCAAAUUACUCACAGGAGAGGAACAGUGAUGAGAAGGUCUUGGAACUGGCCAACACGGUUAUCCAUCUGCUGACUGGAGAGGUGAGCUUGUUGGGGAUAGGAUGCUGUAAUCCUUUCUCGGAUACACUAUGCUGCACACAUGUAAUAGAAUCUGUCGAUGUGCACAGAAGACAGUGAAUGUAUCUUACUGUUGCGAUGACUACUGAAAAUAUAUUAGUGAGCACUUAUAUUGCACUGGAUAUUUGGAGAAGGCAUGUCGCCAUUUAGUCCUUUCCGCUGGACUUACAAACACUGUUCAUGAGCCAGGCUGGGGUCAACAGUAAUUAGGACUCUUUGAUUAAGUGAGGAUUGACCACAUAAAACGUGUGAGGUGGUAGAGAUCUUGUCACACUGAACUGCUGUUUUCUGGCUUCAUAUAUUUUGAUAUUUUCUAAAUAAAGUGAAUUUAUAUAUUUUUGGACCACGUUGUUCUACUUCUUCACUGCAACACUACAGGAGUCUCCUUGUUUAAGUUGCUAUGACUACUGCAUAUAAUUUGUAACACUAAAAGUUCAAUUCAAAUGUAUUGGAGGUAAAAUUAGAACUUUUUAAAAUUCUUACUGGGGGCCACUGUCAUAUGAUGUCAAUGAGGUGGUUGUGCUUGAAUCUUGGAAGUGAUCUUUCUGAGGUCUGGUUACAGGCUGCUGGAUGAAAUCUGUAGAAUUCCUUGAAGAUUUUCAUAUCUUCUCAUCCUCCCCAAUUUUGCCGCUGCUUCACCUGCCACUCCCUCCCUUGUAUCUGUCCCCAUCUCUCCACUUCCCUUGCCUUCUGCCUCUUUCUAUCCCCAUUACUCCCUUUCCAUGCUUAUGCUCCUUUUCACACUCCCCCAUGUGACUUCAGUCCCUCCAUUUCCACCUGGUAUUAAUCCCCUCUCAAGGGUGAUGUUCACCUCCUCAUCCACAGAGGGCUCUGCUUAUGAGGAGAGAGAAUGGGAAGUCUGGUCAUCUGCAGUGCCCACCUCUCAUUCUUCACACUCAGUGCCAAGUUGUAAAGUUGAUGAAGACACCUGUCGCUAGGUCUCACUUAACAAGGGCCGACAUUGGUUGACGGUGGUGAUGCCAUUUCUUGUUACAGCAGGCAGCAUGCCCAGUUGGUGCUAUGUGUAAUUUUGUACUCUGAGGGCUGUGGGUCGGUGGUAAUGUAUUUGUGGGUCAGGUUUGACCAGGCUGGAGGUUGUGAACCCCUAACUUAGAACAAAGAAUGAAACACAGAAAUGUACAUUCAAAUGGCUAGCAGGCAUCUAAGCUUUGUGAAUAACUGCCUCCCGGAGGCCAUCUUUAUUUUGACAUUGACUUGCUUUUGUAGCAUAGGAUCUAGCUGUGGAGACAUGUCCCAGAUAUUACUUUGUUCUGACAAAUGUUUUCAAUUUUUGAAUGUUGUGCAAAAUUAGUCACAAAAUAAAAAUAGCUACCAGACCAUGUGACCUAGGAGUUCAAACACAAAAUAUUAGACACAGCACAAGCACACUGAUGUAGCUAGGUUUAACAAGUUGUAACAUUAUUAAAAUAAAUUAGACCGUUUAAUGACUUGGUACUUGUAAAGUGGGUGAUACAAGAUCUUGUGACCUAUAUAACUGAUGUCAUUUUUAAUUUAAAUAGUUAAAAUGGAUUAAGGGAGUCAGACGGUAGUUCUGCAUGCACCGAAAUGGGUAAGGUGAUCAUGGUGCUUAGAUUGUCCCUUUACGUACUGUGUUCUUUGCAGAAUGUCUUUCUUUCUUUCCAACUACUUAAUGUUAACAAUACCAAAAAAUCAUUUUAAUAAAAAGAGGGAUUGAUCGAAUGUGGGAUUCUAUUUUCCAGGUUCUUUCAAGGUGUAAAAAAGUGACAUUUGGCUUCUCCAUGGGAGACAUAGACUACUUUGAGGAGCACAAGGAUCCAUACCAAAACCUCAUGAUGGACAAACAACAGGCCCUCUGUUCAUUGGGUAACCAGGCAUUUGUGGUUAAUCAGAUCUUAAAUGCUUUCAGGGAGAAUGGAUCUCCAACACCAAACCUGUGUAUGGAGCAAUAUUGA